CACCUCGCUGUGCAGUGACGAUAAGCACAACAACAAAACACAGCUAGCUGCAGAAUAGGGUGUUAGCUUGCUAGCUACUUGAAAUAAACAUUCACUGGUGUUACACAAUCCUUGGCGAAGAAAAGAGAUCAGUGACAAGCGAAUUGAGAACCCAUGAAAAUGUGUAGAUAGCAAUAUGAAUCGAUCGUAAAAACUAAGAUUGAGUCAGCUACAUUAAAGACUAGAUAAUCAUACCACAUAGCUAACUAACAACAUUUUCGGUUAGCUUUCUAAAACUAGCUAGCGUUAGCGCUAUGCCAGUCAAGCUAAACCAAGUUAGCCAGCUAGCUCGCCAAGGCGGAGGAGAGGAUUGGGGUAAACAACAACGGUAAGAAGAGUUUCUUAUUGCUAGACAUGUCAGUCCUAUAACAUUACAUUUCUGUAAAUACGGACCCCUUCACUGUCAUGGGUGUAAACUUGCAGAAAUAUAUGGCUAACUAGCCAACGUUAGCUAAACUAACUAACUAAGUUGUUGAGAAACUGCGUUAGGCUAGCCUGCUAUUAAAAAACCGUCAGAGGAAACAACGGGAUUUAAACAAUACAUGUAUUAACUACUUCGUUAACCAGCUAGUUAUGUCGAUAUUAAUCAAUGUAUGUUACAUUUGCAUGUCCCUUUGUCUUCUUUCCUUUGUCCAUCUAGCUAACGUUAGUUAGCUGGCUAGCUACUAGCUAGCUAAUGGUCUAACGUUAACAGUUACGCAAGCGCAUAAUGUACUAGCGAACUAAAGCUUUCUAGCCACCGACAGUGUCAAGUAAGGCCUCGUAGCUGAUCGUCAGAGAGCCAUAUGGUCAUGUUUCAAAUGUAGACAUACCAUUUAGCAAACGUUAGCUAUCCCCGCAGGUACUUGCCACAUUUGCUAACUAGCUAACGAACGUUAGAUUGCCACAGCGCGUUCAUUGACCCAGGGCGUAUGUCCCCAAUACUUUUGUGUGUGUUGUGUUGGGCCGUCCAAACCACAACACAAUAUGUCAUUAAAAUAUAUAAUUUAGCUGUCAGCUAGCCAUUACUUGUGACAGUGUCUAGCCAAGUUUCAAGGUGAGACCGGCGUUCUUGUUUACGACGUGAACAGCUAACGUUAGAAUGCUGUUUCGCCGACGUUAGCUUUUGUUAGCUUGUUACCUAGCUAAUUUAAUAGCCAACAUGACUCAGCCUGUAACGUUAGUUACAGCACUUAACUGCCUACAAUAUAGUGAGUGUGUCCAUUUACAUUUCGGAUGAUAAUCAUUUUGCUGGGCAAAGCAGUAACGUCUAUAUAUUGACGUUACAACUAGCCAGCUGCUCUAAAAUUGGAGUAAAAAAUAUAUGGUUGAGUUCAAAUAACUAGUUUCGGCUAGAAGCCCCACGUGUGUGGCUGCUUUUCAGUUCUCACCUUUGAAAAUAUUGAAAUACAUUGCUAAAACACGUGUAUACAAUCUCAUGUAGCUAGAAGUUACAUGACAGUUAGGUAAAUGGCAAAUUAAUCAAGUCUUUUGUAGCAAGUAGGCUUGAUUGUUUUGUAUUUCAUUUAUAUGUUUUGGAUUAGCCUUAUGUGAUACAGGCCAAUUAACGUAAGUUGCUGUGGUUUAUGUGUCAAUAAAUGCAUUUGGUGGACCUUGUAGCUUCCAGUAGGGAAUAGUAAACAGUCACAACCAAAAGUCAAUACUUAUUGUACCUUUUUUGUCUUACACAGGGUGGUGUUGAAUGACUAAAUGAUCAAGCUAAAGGAGUGUGAAGUUCGCUGGAGGAUUCAACAUGAAGUUGUAUGUGUUCCAGGUCAACAAUGGAAGCACUCUGACAUUUGACACAGAGCUUGCUGUCCAAACGUAAGACCCAUUUAAUCUUUCAGAUUACCUUUAGCCAUUUUCUACUGAUCUCAGUCUAAACAGAACAUUUCAUUUAUGCUGAAAUCAAAAAGUUUUCUGAAUUUGAUCAUAUAGCCUACCUGUGUUCUUGCAGAGUGUUGGACCUCAAACAUGCCAUCCAGGUCAAAUACAAGAUUGCAACCCAGCAUCAAGUCCUGGUUGUCAAUGGAGGGGAGUGUAUGGUUGCAGAGAGGCGAGUCUGCAGCUACAGUGCUGGCACUGUAAGUUUGCACCAUUUGUAAUUAUUGUUUGUUUUUUGUAAUGAUUGUGUCUUAUAAAGGAAGUGGUUUUGACUUAAAAAAUUAUUGGUGACAGUUUUCUGAAGCCACUGUGCAAGACGUUGAGGAAAAAAAAAGAUCAUUAUUAUUCUAGAUGUGUUCAGCUCAAGAGUCUUGACAGAUUGUGUUUUUGUUGCCCAGGACACCAACCCCAUAUUCCUGUUCAACAAAGAGAUGAUUUUGUGUGACCGGGCUCCGACGAUCCUUAAAACCACCUUCUCUAUUGAGAAUGAGAUGGAGCUCAAGGUGGAGGAGUCAUUAAUGAUGCCAGCAGUCUUUCACACCGUUGCCUCGCGAACACAACUUGCUGUGGUAAAUGUUUUGUUUGUUUCUGGUCCACUUACUACUUUCUCAAAAUAAGCCAUCGAUGUUGCUGUACCAUGUGUCACCAUGCUACAACAUUAAAAUAGGAUAUGAAAAUGUAAUGUUCUCAAUGUAUUCAAAUAAGGAAAGCUAAUGAAACGUAUGAUUGUUUUGGCAUUUCUAGUGUGUUCUAACUUCUGAAUACCUUUCUUAUGCUUCUCCAGGAAAUGUUUGAAGUCGCCAAGAAACUUUGCUCUUUCUGCGAACGCCUGGUUCACGAUGAACACCUCCAACACCAAGGUUGGGCUGCUAUCAUGGCAAACCUGGAUGACUGUACCCUGUCUUAUCAGAAGCUACUGUGGCAAUUUGACACGGCGUACAUUAAUUAUCAACAAGACUUUGAGGACAUCAAAUUGAAACUGACAAAGUAAGUGACCCCCUGCAUAAAUAUUAAGUCCAAUGCAAUUGAAAGGGGGUGGUUAUGAAUGAAACGAGUAGAUGGAUGGAUUGUCCUACUGUGACAGUAUAGGCAAUAGGUUCAAUUUCAAUUAAUUAUUCAGGUUAAAUAAAUAUUUCUCGCAGAUAAUGUGCCGUAUCAGGUUAGAGAUUUUUGCAUGUGUGUGGCGUACCACACUGGCACGUUUUGAAUUGUCAGCUAAUUAAGUUUCCUUUUCUAUUUCUCUCUUCCAUUCUCCCUCUCCCCCUUAUCUCUCUCUAUCUCCUCUGUGCCACACUUCCCUUCAUUAAUCUGUAUCCAAAGACUGUGCCACAUGUGAGCUGUAUCCAAAGAUGUCAAUCUAAAUUCUAUGGGUGUAAACUGACAUUUGGCAUGUACUUUUUUAGACUGGGGACAGCAGUUUCAGUCAUGGCCAAGAUCCCCCUGCUGGAGUGUCUGACCCGCCACAGCUACAAAGAAUGCAUAGAGAAGUCCUGCUCCACUCCAAACAAGGACUCUGACGAGACAGAGGAGGAGGAGAAGUCCACCGACUCGGUGCUCUGCCCCACCCCCACCAAGCUCCCUGCAUCGUUCUCUGCUCCGGGGGCGGGGGGCUCGCCCGACACCGCCGAAGACCAGGAAAGCAGUGAGAUGACGAACAGUAGUGGGCUGAGGACAGCCCUGCAGGAGGCAGACUCUCCAGAGAGGGCAAACCCCCUGUCCUUUAACGUCACACUGCUGGACUGGAUCAACGUUCAAGACAGGCCCAAUGACGUGGAGUCAGUCGUGAGGAAAUGCUUUGACUCCAUCAAUAGGGUGAGUCGCUGUUGUAUGUUUGUGUCUGUCUUCUCUAUUGUGUUUUUCUCUUUGUUUCUGUGUGGCUGAAUUGGUCUCUGUCAGUGGCCUUGCCAUGACUACUAAACAGUGGGUGUAAAUUCAUUUAUGAUAGUCUAUUCGGUGAUAUGUCUUGGUUGUAAAGUGCAAAGAAACACAGACAAAAUGGAACCAUAAUGUAAACGUCCUUUCUAUUUCAGCUCGACCCACGUGUCAUUCAACCAUUCUUGGUGGAAUGUCGAGACACGAUUGCCAAACUGGAUAAUCAGAACAUGAAAGCCAUCAAAGGACUUGAGGACAGGUUAUACGCUCUAGACCAAAUGAUAGCGAGCUGUAAAAAGUUGGUCAAUGAACAGAAGGAACUUGCUCAGGUAAGCAAAAUAGUGUGAUCUAAAUGAUGUAAUAUCAAUGGUGAAUAACACACUGUAUAAAAUGUGCCUAUUCAUUCACAUACCGUAUUAUGUACUGUAUAAUGCAAUCCAGCUUCUAGCUGAAAAUGUGUGAAUGAAAUAAAUACAACUCAACUCACCUGUCAAUCUAUUGGCUGUUAGGGAUUUCUGGCCAAUCAGAAGCGUGCUGAGAACCUGAAGGAUACGUCCGUGCUGCCUGACCUGUGUCUCAGUCAUGCCAACCAGCUGAUGAUCAUGCUGACCAACCACAGGAAGCUGUUGGACAUCAAACAGAAGUGCACCACUGCCAAACAGGAGCUGGCGAACAACCUACAAGUUCGUCUCAAGUAAGGCAUCUGUUCAUUUCUCUCAUUUUAUUUUUUCUGUGGCUCUCUUGGUGCAUCUUUAUUCCUUUUGAGCAAUGCAACGAACCAAAAUCACUCCAAUAAAUUCACCAUAACUGGUCACAUACAAGCCAUGUAAAUCACUUUUCUAUAUAUGCAAGCUAAGCUAACACUGACCCUAACCACUGUGAAUGUAGAUGGUGCUGCUACGUGAUGCUGCACGCAGACCAGGAUGGGGAGAAGCUGCAGGCCCUGCUGAGGCUGUUGACAGAGCUGAGGGAGAGGGUCCGGGUGGUGGACGCCCUCAGCACCGUGCCUCAGAUGUACUGCCUGGCUGUAGUGGAGGUGGUCCGCAGGAAGCUCUUCAUAGGCCACUACAGAGAGGUCAGUCAGAGCACAUGACCCCUUUUCAAAACUCAAAGCCAACCCAAGUCUCUCUUCAGUCCCUACUUGAAGACCUACUGUAACACAAGCCUCAACCUCCAGCCAGACCUACUGAUAUACAAGGAACUCAAACAAUUGGAGGAAAAACUGUCUAAAUUCUGCUGUUAUCUCUCCUCAGUGGGCCUGUGCUCUCGUGAAGGAUGGAAAGCAUCUCUAUGAGACUGAGAAGUAUAAAAGGGAAACGUUUGGCAAGUUAUUCAGUAAGUUCCAUUAUUUUUUAAAACUCCUAUUUGGUGAUCUUUUACGAGUAUCCCCUCUGAAAUUAACAUACAUAAAUUCAAACCAACCAAUGAGCAGACAUAAUGCUAUGUGAUCCUCUUUGCAGGGAAAUCUUUUCUCCGAAAUCGAUUGUUUAGAGGACUUGACUCAUGGCCCCCCACUUCAUUUUGCGUAAGUAGUCAGUCAUUUGCUGUGUUCGAUGAACAUCCAUUUCAUUUCCAAAAUAUUAUAAUCCGACACAUUUCUCUCUUGUUUUUGUUGUCUAUCUUUCUUUUAUUGUGUAGACACGAAAGCCAAGAAAGUUUGACUUUGAGCUUCCAGAUAUUUCCCUUGGUGACCUGCAGUACUUAAAGACCUGUUGUCCUACAGAGGUGCAGCCUUUCCUCAGGUAGGCCAUGGUUUCCUUCACGUACAUAGUAAAGAAAUAACCAUGUCUUGGAACUUGGGACGGUUAAUUGAAUAUCCGAACGGAUGUUGGUAUUCGAUUACAUUUACAUUUACAUUUAAGUCAUUUAGCAGACGCUCUUAUCCAGAGCGACUUACAGUUAGUGCAUACAUUUUUAUUAUUUUUUAUACUGGAAUCGAACCCACAACCCUGGCGUUGCAAACACCAUGCUCUACCAACUGAGCUACAUCCCUGCCGGCCAUUCCCUCCCCUACCCUGGACAACGCUGGGCCAAUUGUGCGCCGCCCCAUGGGUCUCCCGGUCACGGCCGGCUACGACAGAGCCUGGAUUCGAACCAGGAUCUCUAGUGGCACAGCUAGCACUGCGAUGCAGUGCCUUAGACCACUGCGCCACUCGGGAGUAUACUUGAGCAAGUGUUCUUUUUUGGAGAAAAACAACUGUAGGCCUAUUAUAACAAUGAAAAACGUUGUCUAAUCUAAAUUAUCCGUGUGACAUUUUUACCUACAAGGAUAUACCAUGACAUUUUAAAUUCUAAAUUUAAUAAAACAAACGUUUAACCCUUUACACUCAUACCCAUAUACAGAUUGAAAAUGGCAGAUUUGGGCACUGAUAAACGCCUAAAUUGGAACGCAGUGGCUGUACAGUAACAUGCUAUACAUGACGUCAGAGCUCUGCACUUCACAGUGCUCUAUGGACUUUGACUGACAGCUGUUCUGAACUUGAGCACCUCGCGCGACAAGAAGUUGCCUCCAUCCCUCCUGCUAAUCGGGCAACUUUUGCUAAUUUUUUGUUGUCUUAGUCUGGGAAAUGCUGUAAAUUAACAGGAUGUAUUUUGAAAGAUUAGACGUUGAGGAUUAUAGCAAAUACAGCUUUGAUGUCAUACAAGCAAGCCAAACACCUGUUAGUCCAAAUGUGCACUUCAUAUUUCCAUAUCAAAAACUCAUGUCAUAUACAUGGUCAACGUUUAUGAUCACUGUUUGAUGUGCAGUUACAAGAUGACAUGGCGUCAUACCCUUGGUUGUUCUGAACAGAAUGAGCCUGUUUGUCUACUGUAAAGAAAAUUCUCUCCUGCACAUGUACCUGAAUGCACUCAUCACUCCUUUCUAUGCGCACCAAAAUUAUAAUCUGUUUCCCUGCAUUGCAUUGUGAAAGCCUAACACUGUAAUAUCGUAUUUUAUAACUUAGCUAGCCAUGUUGGCAAUAGAACAAGCUUUGAAAUUAUGCUCACCUGACCCAGAUUGCGAUUUAUAAUGGACCGUUUUUGGACUGCGUAAACAACAGUAAUUGUGUGAAGGUGGGAAUGCAGGGUUGUGUUCCAAAUAAAACAACUAGAAGUGUGCUUGCUCUAGUUCCUCAACGGUACAGCUAGGAGAGCUCAAAAAAGUAACUUAUAGUUGCAAACUUUUUUUGUGUGUCAUAAAAGUGCAUUGAAAUUGCUUAGAAACUGUGCACACUUUGGAGAGGUGGUGGCCACUUGGAGACACCAGUUAGUCCUCUCACUCAAACCCGUGUCAUUUUUUUGUCUAAUGUUGCACCUACCCCUCAUUUUCCAGGAACAUUUUUAUCAUGUUACGGAAUGUAUCAGUGGAGGCUGCUGAGGGGAGGACGGCUCAUAAUAAUGGCUGGACCGGCGUAAAUCAAAUGGCAUCAAGCACAUGGCAGACAUGUGUUUGAUGUAUUUGAUACCAUUCCACUGAUUCCGCUCCAGCCAUUACCACGAGCCCGUCCUACCCAAUUAAGGUGCCACCAACCUGCUGUGGAAUGUAUCCAUAGUAUUUUCAGAUUUCGUUAUCAACAAAUGCGGUGAAACUUACAUAAAUGUAAAAUUCACAUAAAAUCAACAGUGUAAUGUUUGGAUUCAGUCUUGUGUCAGGUGAACUGUUGUCCUCACCUUUGGUCUAAUAAUUUUCCCAUAAUCUCCAAACCAUUCCCUUUCAAUUGCUACUAUGGCUAUGCAUAUGCUAUUCAUAUUUCUUCUGUAAGAAACAUAAAAAAUUUAGCCCUAUCCAUAUAGGCCAAUUCCCACGAGUGUAAAGGGUUAAUGUAGUUUCUAUAACGGUUUGUUGAGCUACUGCGGCACAUUUAACCCUCCAGUCUGCCCUGACGUCGGUGUGCUUUUUUCCACACUUCAAAUAGCAAUUACAGGCGCUCACCUAAUGGAGUUUCCACAGUACCUGACAUAGAUCAAUGCGAAAUACUCACCAGAAGACCUUUUUGUAAGAGAAUCCGUUAUAUCGUGGUGAAAAUCAGACUUCUCUUUCGCUGUUAGCCAAACUACCUGAGAAAAGCAGCAUUUCCACUGUUUACCUCUGCCAUGUGCAUUUGCGUCAUUAUGAGAGUCAAUAGCAAAAAAAAAGAAUUUCUACUAUCUGGGCAUCCGAAAAAAUGUCAGGAUAUUAUUUGAAUAAUAUAAUAAUUUCCAAUGCGCAUCCCUACUUGUAACAGGCCUACUACCUGUAUGCUUAGUUUACUUGUGAACACUUGACUGUAUUCUCUGUUGCAAUAUUCAGUGCAAUAACCCUGGGAGACUGUCCAUUUCGUAUUGAUUAAAGAUAGUCCCAUGUUUCUUUUCCCCAGGGUUCCAACACUGUGUGACUUUGAGCCUUUGCACCAGCAUGUGGAGAUGCUUCAACAGUUGGUCCUAGCUGCUCAAGCUGCCAGUGUGGACGAGAUGUCUCAAACUAUCACCAAUUUACUGAGCGAACAAAGGGUAAUGACAAACUACAAUGGAAUAUGGAAUGGCAAUUAUCUAAAAGCACAGUGAACACUGUCCCUUUAUUGCAUAUUCUCCACUCACUCCCCCUCUUAUUUCUGUUCCUCCAGGGGUCGUGCAGCCAGAGUGCUCAGAGAUCCACGGCAGCGUUGACCCCACGGUCCGACAGCACCCCAGGGACUACCUCCUCCAAGACCCCCUCCUCUCUCAGUAUCCCGGGCCCCCCCUGCCAGCCCCUCCCUGACCCCACCGCCCUGGAGGACCUGUCCCCGGACAGCAUCGAUGCCCAAACCUUUGACUUCGAGACCAUUGGCCACCCCAACAUGGACCCCGUCCUGCAGCAGGCCGGCUCCCUGGACCUGGACUCCCUGGCUGAGAGCCCCGAGUCAGACUUCUUAUCGGCGGUCAAUGAGUUUGUGAUCGAAAACUCGACCACCCCCAUCAGCGACCCCACCAGCCCAGAGAUGAUGGUAGAGUCGCUGUACUCGUCGGUCAUCAAUGCCAUUGACAGCAAGCGCAUGCAUGACACCACCACCUUAGAGAGGGAAAACUCCAAGAUGGCUACGCUGAAGCUGAGCAUUGAGAAGUACCGAUCUGCUGCCGAGGACUCCCAGACCAACCUGCGGAGCGUCAAGGAUGACCUGUACUGCUUCAGAGGCCUGGUGCUGAAGGAGCAGCGAGACUUUGGCUUCGCCCUGAAGACCAUGACCAUUGAGGUGCGCAACAUGGUGGACACCAUCCGUAAGAGGGAGGAGGAGGAGCUGACGGAGCAGCACCAGGCCGAGCUCCUCUCUAUGCAGCAGGACCACGAGAAGCAACUUCAGGCCCUGACAGAGGAGAACCAGGUCAACCGGAACACCGUGAAAGACGUGCAGCGGGCCAUGCUGGAGCUGGAGGGGCUGCUGGAGCGCAAAGAGAAGGAGCUGACCCAGCUGGAGGCCGAGAGGCAGCGCUGGACCGAGGCGGAGAGCGUACACACUCAGAGGCUCAGGGACCUGGAGCAGAAGAUCAGCGAUCAGGCCCAAGAGGUGCAGACCGUGGCUGCCUCCAGAGACUCCCUGUCCAGCCAGCUGGAGACACUCCACAUUGAGAUCGAGCGUGGCCAGCAGAUGCUCCGCCAGGAGCUGGAGGGGGCAGAGCAGUCCCACCUGCAGGAGCUGGAGGAGAGGAUUAUGCAGCAGCACCAGGCCCAGCUAGACACCCUGGCCCGGGAGAACCAGGAGGCCAUGGAGCGCCUGGCCACGGAGAACAGGGACAAGCUGAGCAAGGCCACAGACCUCCACGCCGCCACUCUUACAGGGAGGGACGGCCAACUGAGGGACCUGGAGGCCUGGGCAGCCGAGCUGGCUGACCUGCGCUGCAAGCUGGAGGUGGAGCUGGCCCUGAAGGAGUCAGAGACGGAGGAGGUGAGGCUGCUCUACGAGGAGGCCAAGCAGGGGCAGCAGGAGGCCAACGUGGGGAAGGCCACUGUAGAGGCAGAGACCCAGUCCCUCAGCGAACAGCUAGUUCAGGUCAACAGGCAGCUGCAGGCCAAGAACGAAGAGUACGAGACGGGCCUUGCCGAGCUCCGGACGCUGAUGCGCAUAGAGAAAGACCAGUGCAUCUCGGAGCUGGUGGGCAGGCACGAGGAAGAGAGGAACAAGCUCCGCAGCGAGCUGACCGCCCUGCAGCAGCAGGCACAGGACGCAGGGAGGAGCUGCGCAGAACAGCUGCAGAACCUCCAACAAGACCUCCACCAGCAGACGGCAGCGCUGCGUGACGAUAAGGAAGUGCAGCAGAGGAGUUUUGAGGAGCAGAGGCAACACUUGAGGACUGUUAUCUGCGAUUUGCAGACGGAAAAUGAUCUGCUCACCAAACGAUUAGAGCAGGACACCCAAGCAGCCCAGGAACGUUUGGAGAAAGAGGAGUCCUUGAAGGCUGCAGUACCAGAUGCCUUUAAAGACUUUGAGCAACAAAAGGAGGAGAUGGAGAAAAAGACUGCUAGACAAAAUUAGACAACUUGAAAAUGAGCUUCAGGAAAAACAAUCCUCAGAAAGGUAAGAGAGACGCACGUACCGCUGCUACCAGGUAACAGAUAAGUGUGAUUUGUAAUAAACAUUUCAUCAGCCUUGUAAUGAACAAGAUAACUAUUUAUUCGUUUUAGAGUUCAUUCCCUACAAUUUUGUACGUUUGCUGAAAUUCUACACAUUUCGCCAUACGCCAGAGUGAAAAAUGUGCAGUUUUACAGCUAAUUUCCUGUAAUUCUACAUAUUUUGCCAUAGGGUGGAGAGAAAUGUUUGCAGUUUUUUUAUAUGAUAUCUGAGUGAGACUGACUAACAAAAUCAAUGGGGGACCCCGGUCGAUAAUUCGACCAUGAUUAAUACAAGUUUAGAUAGCUGGCUAGUCUAAUUUACCAAUCUAAAAAAAAUUAUCUGGUUGACAUGGGCUAAUUGAGUGACUGUCACUAACCAUGUUUCCAUCCACAGUUUUAAUGUGAGUGAAGUCAUACUGUAUAAAAAAAAUAAAAAUCACGUCAACUGUGAUGGUAACAGGAAGUUUCGGUACAAUUUUAUAAAUGCCGACAGAUAAUUUAUUUGUUCGACAUGGUGGGAUCUUUUUGUGUGUAAAAUUAAUUAUGCAAUGGCAGUGGAAACGCCUUUAUGCCCAAAUAUUGAUAUAAUAACCAUCAUAUCGAAGUAAACUUGGAGGGUCUAUGAUAUGGUGUGUGGUCCUCCCACUACGACUUGGGAAACAAUGCAGUUUAAUAGGCUACUGAUUAAAUAAGUUAUGAUGAACUUUACAGGGUGGUGAAAGUGCAUGGUGAUGAGCUUGAUGCUCCUUUUUUAAUAAAUAUCGAGCGUCUUAUUCUGAUUACAUGAUAAUGGAUGCUUGACUGCCAUUUGACAAAUACAAAUAUUCUCGCCCUUAUCAAUAAUAAUCUCAACAAGUAGACUAGCCUACCCGCACUGUAUCUGCCAGCUGUUGCUAGAGCGCACAUACCAAGACCAGAGUAGGCACAUUUGCUAUAUAACUCAAAAGUUUUUGUGACAAAACUAUUGGUAUAGUUUAAAAUACGAUGGAAACACAUUGAACUUUUUUAUUUUAUCCGGUACUUCAAAACUUAAGCAAAACAGUUUUCUUUAUGCGGAUUUUAGAAUAUUUUCAUGAAAAUCUGUUGCCAAUUGGAUGGAAACCUAGCUAGUGACUAACAUAAGAGGAAAAACUGUUAAUGCACAACUAAAUUUAGAAAUUUUACCUUGUCUAUUCUAUUAUUCUAACUCUCAACAGUAAAUUGAGACCCUAAGUGAGUUCGGAUUACACAGACUUGUGUUGACUUCAAUUAGCUUUAGUAUACAUUGAAAAUAGGUAUUUUCUUGCGUUACAUACAGUGGGGAAAAAAAAGUAUUUAGUCAGCCACCAAUUGUGCAAGUUCUCCCACUUAAAAAGAUGAGAGAGGCCUGUAAUUUUCAUCAUAGGUACACGUCAACUAUGACAGACAAAAUGAGAAAAAGAAAUCCAGAAAAUCACAUUGUAGAAUUUUUAAUGAAUUUAUUUGCAAAUUAUGGUGGAAAAUAAGUAUUUGGUCAAUAACAAAAGUUUCUCAAUACUUUGUUAUAUACCCUUUGUUGGCAAUGACACAGGUCAAACGUUUUCUGUAAGUCUUCACAAGGUUUUCACACACUGUUGCUGGUAUUUUGGCCCAUUCCUCCAUGCAGAUCUCCUCUAGAGCAGUGAUGUUUUGGGGCUGUCGCUGGGCAACACGGACUUUCAACUCCCUCCAAAAUUUUCUAUGGGGUUGAGAUCUGGAGACUGGCUAGGCCACUCCAGGACCUUGAAAUGCUUCUUACGAAGCCACUCCUUCGUUGCCCGGGCGGUGUGUUUGGGAUCAUUGUCAUGCUGAAAGACCCAGCCACGUUUCAUCUUCAAUGCCCUUGCUGAUGGAAGGAGGUUUUCACUCAAAAUCUCACGAUACAUGGCCCCAUUCAUUCUUUCCUUUACACGGAUCAGUCGUCCUGGUCCCUUUGCAGAAAAACAGCCCCAAAGCAUGAUGUUUCCACCCCCAUGCUUCACAGUAGGUAUGGUGUUCUUUGGCUGCAACUCAUCAUUCUUUGUCCUCCAAACACGACGAGUUGAGUUUUUACCAAAAAGUUCUAUUUUGGUUUCAUCUGACCAUAUGACAUUCUCCCAUACCUCUUCUGGAUCAUCCAAAUGCACUCUAGCAAACUUCAGACGGGCCUGGACAUGUACUGGCUUAAGCAGGGGGACACGUCUGGCACUGCAGGGUUUUAGUCCCUGGCGGCGUAGUGUGUUACUGAUGGUAGGCUUUGUUACUUUGGUCCCAGCUCUCUGCAGGUCAUUCACUAGGUCCCCCCGUGUGGUUCUGGGAUUUUUGCUCACCGUUCUUGUGAUCAUUUUGACCCCACGGGGUGAGAUCUUGCAUGGAGCCCCAGAUUGAGGGAGAUUAUCAGUGGUCUUGUAUGUCUUCAAUUUCCUAAUAAUUGCUCCCACAGUUGAUUUCUUCAAACCAAGCUGCUUACCUAUUGCAGAUUCAGUCUUCCCAGCCUGGUGCAGGUCUACAAUUUUGUUUCUGGUGUCCUUUGACAGCUCUUUGGUCUUGGCCAUAGUGGAGUUUGGAGUGUGACUGUUUGAGGUUGUGGACAGGUGUCUUUUAUACUGAGCUGUAUUUAGGCUUUACAUGCUGAAAAAGGCCCAGAGGUGAACGCUUAGGGAAACAAUAACGUGUACUGCAUGCUGUGUCAAGAUUGUAUGUGGUCCGAUGUUUUUGACAUGUUGCCUAAGGGAUUAAAGGGAACAUAAAAUGACCGGCACUGAGACAAGACAAAAAAACACUAGGAACUUUCUUAGCCAAAUAAUCAAACCUAAACUAAAUCAUGAAUAGUAUUUAAUUUGACCUAUUGACCUGCCUGAUGUCUACUGUGUGUGACUUGUCUCGCUGUUACUUACAGUUGAAGUCAGAAGUUUACUUACACUUAGGUUGGAGUCAUUAAAACUCGUUUUUCAACCACUCCACACAUUUCUUGUUAACAAACUAUAGUUUUGGCAAGUCGGUUAGGACAUCUACAUUGUGCAUGACACAAGUAAUUUUUCAACAAUUGUUAACAGACAGAUUAUUUCACUUAUAAUUAACUGUACCACAAUUCCAGUGGGUCAGAAGUUUACAUACACUAAGUUGACUGUGCCUUUAAACAGCUUGGAAAAUUCCAGAAAAUGAUGUCAUGGCUUUAGAAGCUACUUUUUGGAGAAAUGUUCUCUGGUCUGAUGAAACAAAAAUAGAACUGUUUGGCCAUAAUGACCAUGAGUAUGUUUGGAGGAAAAAGGGGGUCGCAUGCAAGCCGAAGAACACCAUCCCUACCGUGAAGCACGGGGGUGGCAGCAUCAUGCUGUGGGGUUGCUUUGCUGCAGGAGGGACUGGUGCACUUCACAAAAUAGAUGGCAUCAUGAGGAAGGAAAAUUAUGUGGAUAUAUUGAAGCAACAUCUCAAGACAUCAGUCAGGAAGUUAAAGCUUGGUCGCAAAUGGGUCUUCCAAAUGGACAAUGACCCCAAGCAUACUUCCAAAGUUGUGGCAAAAUGGCUUAAGGACAACAAAGUCAAGGUAUUGGAGUGGUCAUCACAAAGCCCUGACCUCAAUCCUAUAGAAAAUCUGUGGGCAGAACUGAAAAAGCGUGUGCGAGCAAGGAGGCCUACAAACCUGACUCAGUUACACCAGCUCUGUCAAAAUUCACCCAACUUAUUGUGGGAAGCUUGUGGAAGGCUACCCGAAACGUUUGACCCAAGGUAAACAAUUUAAAGGCAGUGCUACCAAAUACUAAUUGAGUGUAUGUAAACUUCUGACCCACUGGGAAUGUGACGAAAGAUAUAAAACCUGAAAUAAAUCAUUCUCUCUACACUUAUUCUGACAUUUCACAUUCUUAAAAUAAAGUGGUGAUCCAACUGACCUAAGACAGGGAAUUUCUACUAGGAUUAAAUGUCAGGAAUUGUGGAAAAACUGAGUUGAAAUGUAUUUGGCAAAGGUGUAUGUAAACUUCCGACUUCAACUGUAUGUCUCUUUCUAUCUCUCUGUGUGUGCUACAGAGAGGCAGGGUUGUCGAAGGUGCAGACAGAGGGUCGGGGGUCCGAAACAGGAGCUCCUCUCUCCCUGGACUCUGCCUUGCAGGAGCGUCUGCAGCAGGAGACAGCCUCCCUGCACAUCCAAAUGGAGCUCCUGGAGAGGAGGAAGAACGAGGAGAUGCAGAACCUCAAGACCUCGCUCAUCGCAGAACAACAGGUUAGUGUUAGACCAAUAAAUGACUGGUAGGUUAUACUCUUUUUGUUUUCAUAGCUUACAGUUUAUUCCUCUUUAGUCAGCACCUCUACACUAAAUCAUGUUCUAUGGGUGUGCGCCAGCUCAUGCUUUUUAUUAGACUAGUCCUCCACACCUAUUCAGAGGGUUCUUCUGUCAAUAUUGACCAGCACUGAAUCUAGUAGCGGCACCAUAUCUAGAUACACUACAUUGUAAAUCCUAUACUAUGUAGUUAGUUUGCCUACAUUUUUUUUUAGCUUUUAGCUAAUUGUUUAGCUAAAUGUUUGAGCUUUUUAGCAUUUGUCCCCUGUUACCUUUCUUCUAAGUAGGUCUAAUUGUGAUUCACUGGCAACUGCAAACAAACAAACUGACUACAAGUGACCAACACCUGAAAUGCUAAAAAUACUCCAUUACCUCACUACUACUACCACUAUGUGCCUAUGUGGCAGCCUUAGUCAGCCCCUAAAUGAAAGCAGGUAUGUGAGGCAGUUUGUGUGUUAUAACUAUAGCACACAGUGUUAUCAUGACCUUGUCUUACUGGUGAGCAGUCCAAAUGGGAAUAUGAUACUGGUGACUAUGUGACCCUCUUAGAGGAAUGUGGUUAAACCACAUUGUUGGGAGUUAACAUUCGUUUGAACUUACUGUUUGGCCUUUGAAAUUUAAACCUGCACCACAAAUACACAAAUUUAAUACGGAAUGUUACUAUUUCUAUACAUUUUUAUUGUCAUAGGUUAUGCUACCAGCCUAAAAUCCUGUGAUCCUCCUAGCCUAAGAUCUUAUGGUAAAGCGAGCAUGCUUGAUUGAGGUCUGUUGUCUGAGCCAUGACUCAACCCUCAAUUGAGCCUCACCUGUCUCCUUUCUGGUAGUUCUUUGUCCUCUGUGACUGCCUCAUUGUGUUUUACUGCUGCUCUAUUGCCUGGGAGGUGUCUGAAAGCCUUCAUGUCCUCCCUCCCCAGACUAACUUCAACACUGUUCUGAUGAGAGAGAAGCUGAAGAAGGAACAAAUCAUCAGUGAGCUGACAGAGGAGCUGCGGAAGGUUAGCCAGCAGCAGGAGAAGGACAAAGGUACACCAUAGUCACGUACAGCUAGGACACUAUGAGAGAACAGAAUGAUUUCUGCCUUUUUAACAUUUAAUGGGCUGGAUGUGCUGGAACUAGAUUGCAUUUUCUAUGCUGUUAUUGGUUGCAGUGGUUCAUUUGGCCCUGUAAUAUGUUGAUUGAUUGUAUUGAAAGUAAGUCUUGCUGCAGUUCAUUCAUCCUGAUAUGUUCACUGUGUGUCUUCAGGUCUGAUAGAGACGCUAUCUGAGGACCGGGCCAUCGUCAUGCAGGAGAAGAAGCAGUUGGAGGAGGAGCUGAACCGGCUGAGCAGCACAGCCCUGGUGUCCUCGGCCUACUACAGACCUAACCCAUUAGCCCUGGAGCCCACUGGAGCCGGGGCUAGACUUGGACCUGGGACCUGUCCUGGACCUGGGACUGAAGUUGAGGUUGGGGCUGGAGCCUGCUCCCCAGAGCUCUUCCCUGACCCAGACAGACUGGCAUCUGUGGCCGCCAUCAGAGAGGACGACAGAGUGGACUCUGCUGUGGAGGCCAGCAUGGUCACCGUGCAGUAAGCAUCCCCCAAACGUUCCAAAUAUAAACAGUCCAAUAAACAGUGAUUCAAAAGAACCCCCUCCCAUCACAAUGAAUCUGUCAUUUAUAGAAAUAAACUUUGACAGAUAUACUUGUUUAAACUUGUCAAAUUAUAUAUAGUAUGGAGACUUAUUUGGUGGAACUGAGGACCAUGAGGCCUUUGAAGGUCCUCCUUAUUGGAUAAUGAAGAUAAAGUAUUAGACCAAUUUAUGAAUAGAAGUUGUAAGCUGUCAACGAAUAAUGUUGUCAGUUUUAAUGUGUAAAAGAUUAAGAAGAAUGUUGAAAGUGCUUGUUUGAGAUGGCCAGACAAGGAUGGACAAAUAACAAAGAGAGAGCGAGGGAGGCUAGGAUUGGGAAAUGUAAGUUAUGUUUUUUCUGUAGUUUUUUCUGUUAACUACAUUUAUGCAGGCUAACAAUCAUUGCAAUCUCAAACAGAAGUAACUUCAAAUUCAUAUUCAUGCUUGUUGAAUCUUUUUAUUUCAUAGUAACUAUUUCUUUGAAUGAUUCUCAAAUGUGUUAAAAGCUGUCGCCAAAGUGAUCUGAUUAUUGGUCCUUUGUUUCUUUAUUAGCGAUAACAUCCUGAUGAUGUCGGAGGAGAAACAGCGGAUACUGUUACUUGAGAGGGUGAGUAGACACCUCUGUGACAUCUAAAUGGAACCUGAUGAAGUUGGGGUUGGAUUGUUCUAGAAUUUCACUUGAGUUGUUUGUUGUAACAUCUUCCCGUCAUAUUUCAGACUUUACAUAUGAAGGAAGAAGAAAACAAGCGCCUCAGUCAAAGACUGGUAUGUUUUAUUAACUUUGAUGGCUGAUUAGAGGAUGAGGAAAUGUUGCUAUUAAUAUCAUGUGAUUGUUUAAGCCAACUAUUCUAGCCCAAAAACAAAUCACAUUCUUUUAUUUUUUUUUACAUUCAUUUUUCACAUGGUUUCCAUGUGUAUUGUUUACUUACAGAUAUACACUGAGUGUAUAAAACAUUAGGAACACCUGCUCUUUCCAUGACAGACUGACCAGGUGAAUCCAGGUGAAAGCUAUGAUCCCUAUUGAUGUCACCUGUUAAAUCCACUUCAAUCCGUGUAGAUAAAGGAGAGGAGAACGGUUAAAUAAUGAUUUUUAAGCCUUGAGACAAUUGAGAUAUUAAUUGUGUAUGUGUGCUUUUCAGAGGGUGGCAAGACAAAAUAUUGAAGUGCCUUUGAAGGGGCUAUGGUAGUAGGUGCCAAGUGCACUGGUUUGAGUGUGUCAGAACUGCAACGCUUCUGGGUUUUUCAAGCUCAACAGUUUCCUGUGUGUAUCAAGAAUGGUCCACCACCCAAAGGACAUCCAGCCAACGGCAGGCCAGUGGUUAAAAACGGGCCAUUGAUGAAAGAGGACAAAGGAGGCUGUCACGAAUUGUGCAGCGCAACAGACGUGCUACAGUUAGUCAAUUGACAGUCCAGUACAACAUUGGUGCCCAAAGACCCACAAAAUAAUUCACAACUCGUCGUACCUUGACAUGAAUGGGGUAUGGCAGCUGAUGACCUUAGAGUUCCACUUCUUUCAGCAAAAAACAAUAAACUACGGUUGCAGUGGGCUAAGGAACAAAAACACUAUUUGUAUUUAUUAUGGGUCCGCGUUAGCUACUCUUCCUGGGGUCCAGCAAAAUUAAGGCAGUUAUACAAUAUCGAAAACAUUACAAUACAUUCACAGAUUUCACAACACACUGUGUGCCCUCAGGCCCCUACUGCACCACUACCACAUAUCUACAAUACAAAAUCCAUGUGUACGUGUGCGUAUAUGCAUGUCUGUGCCUAUGUUUGUGUUGCGUCACAGUCCCUGCUGUUCCAUAAGGUGUAUUUUUAUCCGUUUUUUAAAGUCACAUUUUACUGCUUGCAUCUGUUACUUGAUGUGGAAUAGAGUUCCAUGUAGUCAUGGCUCUAUGUAGUACUGUGCGCCUCCCAUAGUCUGUUCUGGACUUGGAGAUUGUGAAGAGACCUCUUGUGGCAUGUCUUGUGGGGUAUGCAUGGGUGUCCAGUAGUUCAAAUAGACAGCUCAGUGCAUUCAACAUGUCAAUACCUCUCAGAAAUACAAGUAGUGAAGAAGUCACUCUCCUCCACUUUGAGCCAGGAGAGUUUGACAUGCAUAUUAUAGUUAGCUCUCUGUGUACAAUUGCAAUUUUCCUAAGUCCCUUUUUGUUGCACCUGAGCCACACGACUGAACAGUAGUUCAGGUGCGACAAAACUAGGGCCUGUAGGACCUGCCUUGUUGAUAGUGCUGUUAAGAAGGUAGAGCAGCGCUUUAUUAUGGACAGACUUCUCCCCAUCUUAGCUAUUGUUGUAUAAAUAUGUUUUGACCAUGACAGUUUACAAUCCAGGGUUACUCCAAGCAGUUUAGUCACCUCAACUUGCUCAAUUUCCACAUUAUAUAUUGCAAGAUUUAGUUGAGGUUUAGUGAAUGAUUUGUCUCAAAUACAAUGCUUUUAGUUUUUGAAAUAUUUCGGACUAACUUAUUCCUUGCCACCCACUCUGAAACUAACUGCAGCUCUUUGUUAAGUGUUGCAGUCAUUUCAAUUGCUGUAGUAGCUGACGUGUAUAGUGUUGAGUAAUCCUCAUACAUAGACACACUGGCUUUACUCAAAGCCAGUGGCAUGUCAUUAGUAAAGAUUGAAAAAAGUAAGGGGCCUAGACAGCUGCCCUGGGGAAUUCCUGAUUCUACCUGGAUUAUGUUGGAGAGGCUUCCAUUAAAGAACACCCUCUAUGUUCUGUUAGACAGGUAACUCUUUAUCCACAAUAUAGCAGGAGGUGUAAAGCCAUAACACAUACGUUUUUCCAGCAGCAGACUAUGAUCGAUAAUGUUAAAAGCCGCACUGAAGUUUAACAAAACAGCCCUCACAAUCUUUUAUCAUCAAUUUCUCUCAGCCAAUCACUGGACACGCUGAUGGAAGGACUAGGGUAUGGAGAAAACCACGAGUACAUGCAUUCCUCAUGCCGUGUGUCAACAUUGCAGGCUGGUGGUGGGGGUGUGAUGGUGUGUUUUCAUGGCACACAUUGGGCCCCUUGAUAAAAGUUUGAAAGCCACAGGAUAUCUGAACAACAUUGAUAAUCUGGUGCAUCCCUUCAUGGCAGUAGUGUAUCCAUCUGCUAAUUGUUUUUUUAGCAGGAUAAUGCCCCAUGCCACAACGCUAGGAUUGUACAGGAAUGUUUCCACGAACAUAAAAGUGAAUUCAGCUUACUGCAGUGGCUCCCCAGUCACCAGAUCUCAAUUCAAUUGAGCAUCUGUGGGAUGAGAUUGAACAAAGUAUUUGGAUUACAAAUCCACUACCAGCCAACUUGACACAACUGUGGGAAGCAUUGGAGUCAACAUGUGCCAGCAUCCCUGUGGAAAGCUUUCGACACCUUGUAGAGUCCAUGCCCUGACGAAUUGAGACUGUUCUGAGGGCUAACGGGGGGUGCAACUCAAUAUUAGGAAGGUGUUCCUAAUGUUUUAUACACUCAGUGUAUAACCAGUUAUAAUUCAUUUCGCUAUUGACAGGCUUUGUCAGUGUACCCCAAGCUAUUUUACCCCACCACCACUAGAUGGCAAUAGCAUCAAUGCUUCUAUCCCUGUUCAGCAGAGCUUUCUGAGCUACAACAGUAACUUCCUCUAUCAAAAGCCUUCUGAUAAAGGGGAAUCAAAACGAUCAUACAGGCAGUUUGACAUAUUGCAGCGCUAUUGCUGACAUACCUAAACAAAAGCAUAACAAUGUAUGCCAAAAAUGUAUACAUUCCAGCAAAUACAUUUCACGCCACACAACAUACGGUACUAUUGAUGGCUGCUAUGCAAAGAUCAGUCAGACCAGGAAAGCAUCCAUGACCAGCAGUGUCAAAAAGAUUAUCAACUCACUCUUAACAACCAUUACCUUUCUCUCUUUGUAGAUGUCUCAAAGCAUGUCCUCAGUGUCGUCACGACAUUCAGAGAAAAUUGCCAUCAGAGAGUAAGCAUACAAAGAUUGCCACAUAAAGUGCUGAUGUAUAGUGUAUAUAGAUGCAGUGGUUGUACGUUUUCUCCUUUGUAAAAAAUUAAUGAGUUUUCUCUACCAAAUCAAAGCAUUUUAUUUGUAUAUUUUAAUUCAUUUUUGUCUCUUAAUAUCUGUUUCAUUUUUUGUUGUUGUAUAUAGAAUCUAGCACCAUUUUGUGUGAAGGUUGACCCCUGUGUCCGUUUCAGUUUCCAGGUCGCUGACUUGGUUCUGAUCAUCCUAGAUGAAAGGCAUGACAACUAUGUGCUAUUCACCGUGGGUCCCACCCUGUACUUCCUCCACUCUGAGUCCCUCACUGCACUGGACCUCAAACCAGGUCAGACAAUCACCAUCGCCUUAUAAUUGUAGGCCUCAAUACUUAAAAACCAAUAUGUAGCGAAGUUAUUAUAGAAUAAAGUUAUAAUAUACAAAGUUAUGUACAAUUUAACUUUUGUUGCAUGAGUAUAAAGUUGUAUACAAUAUAUAAUAGACAAUUAUACAAAGUUAUUGUGUAAUGAUGUUUUGUAGAGCAAGUUUUGUAUAAGUGAUUUUGAGUAACCCAUGUCAAAGUUUGUGUACUGAGCAUUGAUUUUAUUGUGUCGAUCACUGACAGAUCCUAUGUUUACUUCAGCAUCAGGAGCCUCAAGACGGCCGUGGGUUCUUGGAAAAGUGAUGGAGAAAGAAUAUUGCCAGGCGAAAAAGGUAAUGUAUAGUAGUAUAUAGGUAAUGAAUUGUAAUAGUAAUUGUAAUAGUCUAGUAGUAGAGCUCAGUAGAUUUUCUUUAAAUAGAUGGUCAUUAAAGGAGGUAAAAUAAUCAAUAAUUAAAAUCAAAUCAAAUAAUCAACAAUCAAAGGGUGACUUUCUAAGAGCAUGUAUGUUGUGAAUGUUUCCCACCUUAGGCUCAAAACCGGUUCAAAGUUCCUUUGGGCACCAAGUUCUACAGAGUGAAAGCUGUUCCGUGGAACAAGAAAGUAUAAUAUAGCCAAGUUAUGAGCUAAAAUGUAUAUUUAUAUUGCAUAAAGUUUUAAACACCCACAUCAUACAUAAUUCAUAAAUCUCUUAUCAACUUGAAAAUGAAAAGAAAGAUCAUAAUCAUGUUAUUAUUUUGGCCUUCAGUUCAACAUCCCAUCAACCCCCUCUUUCUUUCUAAUCCAGAUGAUUUGUUGUUGUGGACCAAACGCUAUUUCUUUAUUAGGGCAUGGCCCUAAACACUGGCAGAAAGCAUUAAUACCUGUGUGUAAAUUGAACAAAAGUAUUUGGAUGUUUAUAUAUUUAGUUCUCAUUCAUUAUCAGCAUUUGUCCUCUUUGUGGAAAAACUGUAUCAUUAUCAGCAACAUAAUUCAAAUGAAAAUAUACAUUUAUUGUAAAUGUUUAUGGAUCAAUGUUCAUGGCAUGCAUAUUGAUAUAUUUUCUUUGAUUUUACUUAUCCCGAUAAAUGUUGUAGUUGGAAAAGUAGUCAAUGCUGUUUGUUACUCACAACGCAGUAUGACCCUCAGUUAAUACUGAAAUGUACAUUUUGGCCGACUGACGAAAGCGGUCGUCAUUGCAAUCAUUGACAAUGCACUUUCAAAAAACAAUGCUUUUUGUUCAUUCAAAAGGGAAGGAAUUGUGCUAUCAAAUUAAAUAAAUACAGAAAAAAAGAACUAACAGCACAAAACUUCCCGCUAUCAUAGAAUAUUAAUAUGUAGAAAGGAAUACUUUGUUUGUGACUGUGUUUCAUUAUUGGAUGACAUUGUACAUUACCCAUCAUUCAAAUCACAGAAGUAACAAUAAAGGACUGUAUUGUAAAAUAAUUUAGAGUUUUGAAACAAUAAAGGAUUGAUCCCAAAUAA